UGUAGGCUCGAGUGUUGUCUUUAUGGUUGAUAAACAUAAUAUUAAUCAAUCUGCUAUCUUGGUCAAUAGACGAUACAGUAUUUCAUUUUCUAAGGCACCCAUUUUGGCUCAACAGCACCCCCAGAGGCAAAACUUCUUUAUCUUUAAUGGAGUAUUCCUUAGGUAAUAAAAAUAGCGUUGCUUAUUUUUGUCUUGCGGUAGGCUACAAUAUUUUUCAAAAUAGAAAUCAACUAAAAUCUAACAGAGCCAUGUUAGUGGUAAUGUAAGUUGGCAGCUUGGAGGACUUAUUCUAUUACUUAUUUUGGAUAAGGUACAGGCGGAAAGAAAAUUGAGUCCAGUCUUGGGUACCGGAAGUUUGGGGAAGUAGAUCGAUGUUACUUCGCUCGUUAGGGAGCAGUCAAAUAAUUUUGUUUUCAAAUUAUUCUGCGCUUUUACAUAAGUAUAUUUAUAGCCAUGGAUGCAUGUGGACUAUCUAAAGACAUCAAUGAUCCAGUUCUCAGUCUUUCUUCUCUGCACCUCCUGGUUCCACCCUUGCGGCUCCUGUCUGCUGCCAUGUGGCAGGUGGCUCAACAAAGAGAUGUGAGGCACUAUGAGAAGUUGGAGGAGUUUGUGACUCUGGUGACAGAGGCCAUUCCAGAGCUGCUGAGCCACAGACAUAGAGCUCAGCUCAUUCUAGGUCUGAGAGCACGGCUGGUUCUGGAGCUGUGCCGAGGCCCUGUCGACCCUCAAACCAUCCAACCUUACCUGGACAGAAUGCCCACUGUAACUCCAGGAUGUACAGGAUACAGAGACGCAGAGGUGGAAGCAUCUGAAUCAAAUUUUGUGGUGCUUGUCCAAUCACUGCUAAAGGACCCAGUCGAGAGGGAGUGCUUCUUUCAGGAGGUGUUCCCGGAACAAUAUGGCCGACAUUAUGACACAGCGGUGCAGACAUUAACAUGGGAGUUCCUCUCCAGACUGGAACAACUGUUUCCAGUACCAGACCUCAAGCAGACGGCGACAUGGCUCAGCUCUGCACCUUCCGUCCUGGAGGAGUGUAUGCAGUCUACCCCAGAGAAUCUGAACCUCAUUCUCCAGCACCAUAAGAGUUUUGGACAUUUAAAAGAACCUUCUGCUCUCUCCUCCUCCAUGGGCGGCGACAUCCUUUCCUCUCUGUCCACCCCUAAAAUGGUGGUCACCACUGAGCCGACCACUUUUGUAAUCCGGUCAGAGUCGUCACAUAACUCGGCAGACGUGCUGGGCCCCAUGUCUUUAGAGGACACUGAUGCGGUAGUGGUAACAGUUUACACUGAAGUGGAGGUUGGAACAGAGGUGGAAGAAGAGAUUGUAGAGACGAUGAACGAGGAAUACGUACCGUCAAACGCCUCUCCACUGCGGGAGGAGGUGGUUGAACUUAAAGCUGAGGAUAUGAAUCUGGAGAUGACAGUCGUUGAAGAAUAUGGCUACGUGGGGGAGGAGAUGAGUGCAGCCGAGGAAGAGAUGGACACAGUGAGUGUUCCAGUGGAGCAAGCCGAUGAAGCCGUUAAUAUCAGUGAAGACAUUGGAACUGGGACAGAGACUGUAGCAGUCAAAACAUAUGUCCAAGAUGAGGUGGUGGCAGAUCAGGACGGCCAAUCAGAGACUGUGAAUGUAUGUGUGAACCAGGAAGGGAAGGACACGUCCCAUGUGGUCAACUUUCAAACCCAACAACCUGCGACGUCAAAUGUGAGGCGGUCUACACGGCUGCAGUCGAAGACACCAAGAACUUGGAGGAGGAAAAAUAACACUGAGAACAAGAAAAACGGUGAGGCCUCAAGCGUGGUUUAUGUCAUCUCACCCAGGGGAAGAGAAGCCGGUGGAUCUGACAAGGUGACCCCCUUUACCUGCCCUAAGUGUGCCUACCACAGUCUGGAGGAAAAGAGCCUUCACCUCCACAUGCAAAGCAUUCACACAGAGGAGUACAACAAGCCCAAUGUGUCUGGGAAAAACAGAGCAGAGGUUUCACCAUGUCCCGACAGCACUCGCCAGAUAUUCACAUCAAUCAAACCUCUCCUUUCUUCAAAAACUUUAACAACUGAAAACUCUGAGAAUCAAACCGGUAAUGCUGGGACUCCCACCAAAGCAAAAGGCUACCAUAAGGCCCACACAUGCGCCACGUGCGGUAGGAUCUUCACUCGCUCCUCAGAUGUGAGGAGACACCAGCUCACCCACACGGGUGAGAGACCUUUCCACUGCUCUCAAUGCGACAGGACCUUCCAGCAUUCGUGGGACCUGACCAAGCAUGAGAAGAAACAUGGUGGGACAUCUAUCUCUUUCCCCUGCCAGAAGUGCGGGAGCUCCUUUGCCAACCUCCGCUCUCUGACAGCCCACCACAGAAGUUCCCACCUGGGCGAGAGCGACCUGCCCCACCUCUGCUCCAUCUGUGGCAAGAGCUUCCCCUCCUCCUCUGAGUUGCUGGAGCACAGGAAGAGCCACGGGACCAGCCUCCAGUACAUCUGCCAGCAGUGUGGCGAAAGCUUCCACUCCCUGCUGGCUCGCUCCCAACACCGGCAGACCCACCUGGUAAAGCGGCAGUUCAAGUGCCCGCACUGCGACAAGAGCUAUACGCGCAAAGCUGAUGUGAAGAGGCACAUGUUCUCCCACAGCGGCGAGCGACCGCACCAGUGCAACCAGUGUGGGAGAUGCUUUUCCUUCCUCUUCCUGCUCAAGAAACACCAAAUAGUUCACACGGGCGAGAGGCCUUUCCAGUGCUCCUACUGUCCCAAGAGGUUCACAUUGAUAUCCAUCCUGAGCAGACAUGAGAGAAUGCACACCGGGGAGAGACCCUUCCUCUGCUCUCAGUGUGGGAAGAGCUUUCUGUCCCAGGGGGAGCUGUCCAAGCACCACCGCUCCCACACUGAUGAGAGACCGUACGCUUGCAAUCAGUGUGACAAGAGGUUUAAGAGCAAAAAAUCCCAACAGGAACAUAUCAUCUCCCACACCGGCGUGCGCCCUUACCCUUGCUCUUAUUGUGGGAAAGGGUUCACCAAACCAUACGCUCUGACCAGGCACCAUCUCAUACACACAGGGGAAAGACCAUUCCCCUGCGUCCACUGUGGGAAGACAUUUCUCACCCCCGCAGAGGUACAACUACACAUCCGCAUUCACACAGGGGAACGCCCUUACCCCUGCCCUGAUUGUCAGCUGAAGUUUAGGAGUUCGUCAGACUUGGCACGACACAAACGCUUUCAUACAGGGGUGCAGACAUUUGUCUGUAACCAGUGUAUGAAAAACUUUCCCACCUCGUCCAAACUGAAGAAACACAUGGAGAACCACUCAGAGACAGAGGCAGUCCAGAGCUCAGACUUUGGAGAAAAUUCAAACCAAGUGACACCUAAUACGGGAGACCGUGAGGAUCCGAAUGAGGAGAUGGAGGACUCAUCCAUGAACGAUAUACAAGAAAUGGACAUUGGUGAGAGGACUAGUGCGGGGGUAUCAGAACAGACCUCGGGGAAGCACAGCCGGAGCACGCUGAAAAAGAAACCCCAGAUGUGCUGGAAGAUGGGCCACUGGCGAGGGACCCUCAGAACUCACCACAUUCUGAGGGUGCCACUGGUGGCACAAGCAUGUCUCCCUCUCCUCUCCCUCUGCCUCUUGGUUCCACCCAUUCAGCUUAUGUCAGCGUCCAUAUGGCAGGUGGUGCAACAGCGAGAUGCCAUGAAUUAUGCAAUGCUGGCGGAGUUUGUCUCCCUGGUGACAGAGAUGGUCCCGGAGUUGCUGAUCUAUAGGCACAGGGCCCAACUUAUUUUGGGAUUGCGAGCAAGGCACAUUCUGGAGUUGUGUCGCAGUGAGCAUCCUGUAGAACCUCAGGUCAUCUUAACCCAGCUGUACAUGAUUCAACCACUUACCCACUUCAGUAAUGAUGUAAGUGACACAGAGGUGGAGUCGUCAGAGACUAAUUUUCUGGAGCUGGUCCAGACCCUGCUUAAAGACCCUGAUGAGAGAGAGCAUUUUUUCACAGAGAUAUUCCCAGUGGAGUAUGGACCACAAUAUGACAUCGAGCUGCAGACUCUACUGUGGGAGUUCCUGUCCAGAUUGGUUCAACUGUUACCGACCCCUGACCUCGCACAGACAAUGGCAUGGCUCGGUACUGCCCCCUCAGUCUUGGAUGAUUGUGCCCAUGUUAUAUCUCAUCCAGCAGAUCUGAAGAGUCUGCUCCAGCACCAUAAACGUCUUGGACAUUUGGAGCAACAUGUACCCCCCUGCGCCAUGGGCGACUGCAUCCUGUCCUCUCUCUCCAUCCCGCCACACAGUAGAACGGUGAUCAGCACUGAGCAGACCACCUGUGACAACCAGUCAGAACCCUCGCAGGAGUUUGUGGAUGACUUCGAGGUGGAAAUUGUAACUCUGACAGAUUAUGAAGAGGUUGAAUUAGGUUUGAGUCAGGAGGAGGUGGAGGAUGGGAACGAUGACGAAGGACAGACCAUGGAGGACAAGGAAGAAGAGCCUAAAGAAAUGCCCGCUGAAGAAGUGGAGGAAGAGGAGAAAGUGAUGGAGAACCAUGAAGAGAGGGGCUUGGAGAACAACUCGCAUCUAGAAGAAGCCGAGGAUGACCCAGCAUCCUCCCAUCACCAAACAUCCUCUGGGCCACACAUCUGCUCAGUCUGUGAGAAGAGCUUCAAGUUUGCCUCUGCACUAAUAGCCCACCAGGUCAUCCAUACAGGAGAGCGCCCGUAUGUGUGCCAUCUGUGCGGCCGGUGUUUCUCCUUCAGGCAGUCUCUGGACAGGCACAAACAGACACAUAAGGAUGGGCGCGUUUACGACUGCUUGAUCUGUGGGGAGACCUUUCAGUCCUUGUCAGCCCGCACAGAGCACAAGAAGAGCCAUAUGGAGCAAGGCGCUUACCAGUGCUCACAGUGCCACAGGAAGUUCAACUGGGCGUCGGCUAUGGUGAGACACCUGAAGGCUCACACAGAGGGCACUGAGGUCAAAACGCAGGAACUUACAAAAAGCCUGAAGUCUGAGAAAGAGGAUAUAGGGAUUAAAGAGAUUGUAGGAGAGGUGGCUAUUGAACCCCCUGAAACAGACCCGGUGUUGGAGGAUGGAGGGAAAUCCUGUCACAAUCCACAGGAAGGAGCGGGUCUCAAACAACAGGAAGGAGAUGGUCAGUUUGGUCAGUCCACUUCAUCUGAGCCUGCAGUGUUGGUGCCUGGACUUCUGGACAAGGUCGUAACACUUGUCAAGGUCCGUACCAGUGGUAGGAAAACGAAACCGACCUUGAAGGUGCAGAUGGUGAACCUGCAGAAGCUCAAGGGAAAGGUUGCCACCCCAAAGAGGAGGACGGGUGGAAGCUUGAUGAACCCCCAGGGUUUCACACCAUUGCAUUUUAAGAGUGAGGAACACUCCUAUGGCUCACCAGUGGUCUCAACAAAGGAAGGAGAUACAGGGUGGUGUCCAUUCUCCUGUCCCGAGUGCUCAUUCGUCAACUCAGACGAGGCGUCCGUCCAGCAGCAUAUUGAGACGAACCACUCGGGGGAAGUACAGGAAGACGCUCCACACCAAACUGGCCAAGCUGGACACUAUGAUUGCCCAGACUGUAACAGCAGCUACAAGUUUCAGUCCUUACUGAAAUACCAUCGGCGCGUACACACCGGCGAGCGCCCAUACGUGUGCCCUCAGUGCGGACGCCGCUUCUCCUUCAAGCAGUCACUAGAGAGGCACAAACAGACACACAAGGAUGGGCGCAAGCAUGACUGUCUGAUCUGUGGGCAGAACUUCAAGUCCUUGUCAGCAUACACAGAGCACAAGAAGAACCACAUGGAGAACGGUGUGUAUCGGUGUUCGGAAUGCGACCGGCGGUUCUCCUGGAAGUCUGCGCUGGUAAGACACCUCCGGACUCACACGGAGAACGCCACCGAGGCUGAGCUCUCUUACAAAUGCCCAAGGUGUGACUUGGGAUUCAGCAGUAGUACGUACCUUAACAGGCACCUGCUCACACACCAAGAGGAGAGGUUGCAUGUCUGCAGCUGUGGCAAGAACUUUGCCUACAAGGCUGCUCUGACCGCACACCAGCGCACCCACCUGAAAGAGAGGCCACACCAGUGCAAGCAGUGUGGAAAGGGUUUCCUCUACAAGGGAGGGCUGGUAAGUCACAUGAAGAUCCACUCUGAAGAAAUGCCUUUCAUGUGCUCAUUCUGUGGGAAGAGCUUCAAGAGGGAGAGGAACAUGAAGAAACACGAACGCUGCCACACCAGAGAGAACGUGUUCAGCUGCUCGCAGUGCGACAAGACCUUUGUGUACAAGGCCACACUGACCAGGCACGAGCUAACCCACUCGGGGGAGAGACCGUUCCUGUGCUCCGAUUGUGGCAAAGGGUUUUUCUCCCAUGCGGAGCUUCUAAAGCAUGAGCGCUUCCACACGGGCCACAAGCCGUUCCAGUGCUCUCACUGCGGGAAGCAGUUCACCCAGUCCUGCUACCUGACCAUUCACCUGCGCUACCACACAGGGGUACGGCCUUACUCCUGCACCCAUUGUGACAAGAGCUUUCUCAGCGCCAACCGUCUAAAGAGACACCUGAGAACCCACACAGGAGAGAAACCCUACCUGUGUUCAGAGUGUGGCAAAGGGUUCAAACAGUCAUAUCACCUCAAGAUGCACCAGCAGACUCAUGCCACUAAGAUUUACUGAGGCAUGAUUGUGUCUCUGUCCAGACUUCAAUCAAAUGAUUUGGUAGAAUGUAAUGGUGAGUUAGCUGUCGACUGUAGACAACCAGGAGUGUUAAAAUAUAAAUACUGAAUAAAAAUAUAAAUUCAAUAUGCAACAUAUUCAAAGAUUUUAGUGAGUUACAGUUCAUAUAAGGAAAUCAUUCAAUUGAAAUAAAUUCAUUAGGCCAUAAUCUAUGGAUUUCACAUGAAUGGGCAGGGGUGC